GCCACGGUCGGACCUGGAUCCUAACGGGCGCGCGUACAUACACACCCACACACAUAUAUACACAUAUAUAUACACGUACACAAACACACAGCGCAUAUACACAACCGAUAUAUCCACAUGCGCGCGCGCGCGCGCAUCUCUGUGGACACCCUCGCCGGGCGAAUCCUUCCAGUGAACGGCGGGACUGGUCGCGAUUAUGAGGGAAUCGCGGCCGCGAUGAUUACGACUACUCGUCGACGAUAAGCGGGUAAUUGAACGCGAGUGGCCCCGAAGUUCCCGCGAGUGUCAGCCGCCGGGAACACUGGCGGCUGUCGAGGGUGAACGUCGAGGGUGACACGAGAGUGACGAUUCGACUGAUUAGUCGCGGAGUCAAGUGUGCCCCGAGAUACGCGAACGAGAGGAAGAGAAAGAUCGAGAUCGAGAUCGAGAUCGAGAUCGAGAUAUAUAUAUAUCGAGACGAGUAUUCGCUGCAUGUCGCAAAGCGAUGACAGUGCGGUACCGGAGACAACAGUGGUGAACAGGAUUGUAACGCGGGCGGACAGGCGAUACUAGUAGUGAAAGACAGUCGCGGGCGAGAAAAGUAGUGACAGAUUGUAACGAGGCGGCCAGCAGCGGAGCGUAACGCUGGAUCGACAGGGUUUCGGUGGAUCAGCUGAUACACCAGCGCGAUCAUGGAUCAGCGUGGCGUGUAUCCUACCUACGUGCGACGGCAUGUACCACGACGACGACGAACAUGCGAGCUUGCUUAAUCCACGCGUACACGCAUAAUCGUCGAGGCUCGUCACCAACGAGGAUUCAAUUAAAUCUCCCGCGCGCGGAGAAGGUCAAGUACGAGCCAUGCGGACGACUAUAGGCGGGCUGUAGGUGGCCCGGAGUUUUAAUUAAAACUCGCCCGCGGGAUUCUCAUUAUCGCGCCUCGUAUUCGGGAUUAAUUAGCCGCGGCUCUGAAAGAGAAGAAGAGAGAGAGAGAGAGAGAGAGAGAGAGAGAGAGAGCGGGCGAAAUAGGAGGGUGAUAUAGGAGGACGUGAUUUUCUCGGUGGCUCACGUCGUAUAUCGUGCACGUAAUAUCGUGCGACACAAGUUUUGUGCGACGCGUCGCGAGCUCCUCGAGCCCGCCUCUCGUCGCCUCUCAUGAACGAGUUUCUUCCCCGGUCGCGCCGCGGCUGGUUUGCGGCUUAGUGAUUCCGACGGUUCGUUAUUAUAACGGAAGUGUCUUCGCGUGCUCCGCCGCCGAGUGCUCCGCUCGUCGCGAGUGACGGAUCCACGCCAAGAGAUAUAGGUGCUCGCGUUUCGAGGGACGGACAAGAAAGGCACGCGAGACAGGCACGUUAUAUUCUGGACGCGCUUCUUCGACGAUGAUCUCAAAGUGAAAACGAUUCUCGGCAAUUAGCGAUAGAGUUCGUUCUAACGCACGCAAGGCGCGUAUUAUGUGAGGAGAAAAUCGCGACGAGGGAAACGAAGAUGUCCGCCGUCAGCGUCAUCGCAUGGCUGCUCGGUGCCGUCGCUUUGGCUGCGAUUAAUAAUGAAGUGCACUGCCACAAUAUGCCGCAAGGCGAUAGCGGCAAAAGCGGCGACACGUUCAACCAGAACGCUCUGGAGGAGACACGAUCGGGGCCGUACUUCGACAAAUCAGCUUCGAAGAACGUGACCGCCCUCCUGGGAAAGACGACGUAUCUCAAUUGCCGUGUCAAAAAUUUGGGGAACAAAACGAUGACGCUACAAGUAUCGUGGGUCCGACACAGAGACGUCCAUUUGCUCACAAUUGGCCGUUACACGUACACGAACGACCAGCGAUUUCGCGCGAUCCACACUGCCCAUUCGGACGACUGGACACUCCAGAUCAAAUAUCCGCAGCAUCGGGACAGCGGUAUUUACGAGUGCCAGGUCUCCACGACGCCCCACAUGAGUCAUCUAGUCCAUUUAAAUGUAAUCGCCAAGCAAGACAAAAAUUGUUGCACUCUUAAGUUUUCAGCAAAAAAUUUAGCAAUACUAUAAAGAUCUGCCAACGAAUUUCAUAGCGGACAUAUUUUGAAUAUAAUUAAUAACAAAUUGGAAAGCGCAUCUAUUAUUAUAAA